AUGGCUAUCUCUAUUCUUAUCCUACGGAUUUUAGAGCUUGACUUCGGGUUUGAUACCAGAAGCAGGGUCGACGUUACGCUGGGCCACAGCCUUGGCGAAUUUUCUGCCUUGAUUGCUGCUGGCCAUCUUAAAUUUGCGGAUGCGCUUCGACUUGUUCGGCACCGUGCUGAGGUCAUGGCUCAAUGUACGCGACAGGUGGCUGAGAAAUCGGGAGAAGAUUAUGGGAUGGUAGCUCUCAUCUGCGAGCCUGAGCGCUUGGAAGGCUUACUUCUAACGAUACACGAUUUCCUUGAUUCUCGUUCCGAGGAGGUGGGCACACAUUCCACCCCGCCCAUCCAACGUGUUGUGGUUGCAAAUAUCAAUUCGCCCAACCAAAUCGUGCUUAGUGGCAGUAUCGAGAGAAUUCGAACUCUUCUAGUCCAACUGCGUCAGUUUGGUGGACAUGACCCCCGUGCAGUGAGGUUAAAAAGUGAGAGUCCAUUCCACAGUCCCGUCAUGCUCCCUGCCGCCGAAUAUACGAAGAAAAUACUGGAUGGUAUCAGUAUCACCUUCCCCGCCCCGAUACCAUGCGUCUCCAACAUCUCGGCCUUGCCAUUCCAGUCUACGGAAGACCUCAAAUUACUCCUAUCUAGACAGUGUACGGAUACCGUGCGCUGGUGGGACAGCAUUCGCUAUCUGCACCAGACACGGGGGGUUCGUCGUUGGAUCGGCAUCGGCCCAGGAAAAGUAGGGCGUAAUUUGGUAGGUAAGGAGGUCGGGCGAGUCGAUACAAAAGGCGGGGGUGUAUGGGCAGUCUCCAAUCCGAAGGAGAUGGAAAUCAUGAUGGCUGCAUUGAGUCAGACUGAAGUCGAGAUAAAGGCCAACGACUGA